GUUGACGUAUAAUGGCAGAAUCGUCAGCCGGGUAUGAAAAUGUACGAGAAACAGCUAUUAAACUAAAAGAACUAGGGAAUCUUGCUUUUAAAGAAAAACAGUACGAAGAAGCGGUUGCCUACUAUGAAGUGGCUAUAUUGCUUCAUCCUGCUGAAAUAUCUUUUUAUAACAAUAUUGCAGCUGUGCACAUGGAAGAAAAUGAGUACGGCUUGGCAAAAGAAGUAUGUGACGAAGCUUUCAAAGUUGGUGAAUCUCACGGAGCAAGUAGCUUGGAUUUAUCAAAGUCCAUAGCCCGGAUGGGUAGAGCACUCUGGAAACUUGGAGAUGUAUACAAUGCUAUGUGGAAGUAUGAAGAAGCUCUGUCUUUGAACAGUAAAUUGAGUGUCGGAAACGAUCUUGAGAAGGUUUAUGAAGAUGUGAAGUUAUCUCUCUCACGAUCAGAUGAACUCUCGGUAGAAAAGAUUUUGGCAGCAGGUGAUAUGAUUAAGAGGAUUUACAUCAACCGUGUCAGAAAAUAUGAAACUGUGAAUGAGAAUCCGAUUUUGUUUCCUAGAGCGCCACGGCAGAUAUUUGUUGAUGCCUUCUCUGAAGCAGAUAACUCCCAUUCCAGCAUAAAGCAUCAAGAAGCCCAGCUUCAAUAUGAUGCAGAGGUCGACCUUUACAGGGCACUCGAGAGCUUAGUACUCAGAAAAAAGAUAACUGUUCUACACAGUUUCAAGUUCUCAAAAAGCCAAGCUUGUUUGUUCUCAGGGUCUAAAGAAUCGUCAGAGGGGGAACAGGACUUUGUUGUUAUUGUUAGAGAUUUUGCCAUCGUCCUUAUUGAAGUAAAGUCACCCUUAAAUAUCACAAACAACUCAUUUAAACGAAAUGUGAAAGGAUCACGUAAGCAACUGGGCAGAGCAAAAAGCUUAAUCACGAAUAUCUGCAACAUCUGGAACAUCAAUCAGUCAACUGUCGAUGUCUUGGAAUACACAGCAUUUCCAAAGGCGAAUAAGGAAACUACAAGUAAAUUUCCAGCAUACAAUGAUUUUGGAAAAACUGGGAUUAUUUAUCAAGAUGAUGUCCAGAACUUUGGUGCUUGGUGGGAAAAUAACAUCACAGCCUACCUGACUAAAGUCUGCAUGGAAAGAGAAAAGAAUUCAAAAGAUAUUCAUCAUUUAACAUCUACUCUAGUUGGCAUUUGGUGCAUAAACCAGAAUGAUUCAUGUGAUAUUGAAAUCUGCAGUUUGGGACAUUCUGUGAAAGAAAUUGAUGAUGCAGUUCGCUCAGCAGAAAUCACACAAAAUAAACUGAAGCCAGUUUCCGAAGGUGUCAAAAAAAGUCCAAAAAUCUUUCAAACUUAUUUUGAUGUUGACUGUUUAACUAACAAACAAGAAGCAAUCUUUGAAGAUGAUAAGGUUACUCAGUUCAUCAUGGGACCAGCUGGCUCGGGAAAGACAUUGUUAUUGUUAGGGAAGAUGAUCCAAGUGUUCCAAAGACAGGAACCGAAUAACUCCCCAAGAAGAAAAUUCGUAUUAAUUACUGGAUCAUUUGGGCUUGAUGAUAUUGCUGAGCUGUUUAAAAAAGCUGGAAUGGAAACAAGUAGAUCUCACGUUGUUUUAGGUGGUGAAAAACAUGAUUUACGGAAAAUGCGAUUACAGAGAAAUGACGAUUUUUACCAAGAUUUUCAUAGCACUCAGAGCAAUUUUGACGCUUUUAUUUUGCACCAUUCUGCACUGAAGGACACAACGUUUUGGCCACAGUCGAACGAAACUGAGGAUUCUAUCAAGCAUGGUUUAUUGAGUGUCAUCUGUAAUAAAGAUAACCACAUUUUCAUAGAUGAUUUUCAUAAUGCAGUGGAUACCAUAUUUAGCUCAAUUACAAUGAAACCACCUUUCAUGUUCAUUAAAGAUUAUUCAAAGACGUUGUUGCAUGAACUUAUCACUGCCAUGAGAAGAAGAUACACAAGAAAUUCAAAUGACACCAAUCCUCCUUAUUUGUGGCUAAUUUAUGAUCAUUCUCAAAUGACCUCCUGCAUCCUCAAGGACGAUGAUUUUGGUUUUGAUAGCACACGUCACCGUCGAAUGAUCACAUAUGUGAGUGAUUUUGAAAAUGCAUUGAAAGAUGAGAUUAUUUGUGACCAAAGCAGCCGCAAUACUAUGUUUAGGUACCUCGCCAGAAACCUUCGAAAUACCGUGGACAUUAGUAGAUGUAUUGAAAAUGUAUUCAAGGAUCAGGCUGAGCACUAUUGUCUUUCUAACGUGCCAUUGAAGGAAAUGUUUGAUCAUUUGGAAAUAUCCAACAUAUUUCAAGAAACCGGUCAUCUCAUUCAUGGACCAAAACCAGCAUUCUUCCUUGUAAAAAACAGUGAUUACCAAGAGCAAACUGUGUUAGCUAUAUUAAUUGAUGUUCUUGAAGAGCUUCUGAAAGAUAAAAAGAUUCGUCAAAGCGAUAUAGCUAUAAUAUUAGAUUCAUUUGGUUGCAUAUUAUUAAACGCUGAUAAUGAGGUUAUGGAUAAAAUGUUUUCAUUGAAAUGUUAUGGUUUUGGCGGAGUUACUGUUAGAGUAACUGAAGACAAGGACACUAUACAAGCUACUGAGUGGAAAGCAGUUAUUCACAUCACUGAUCUAUAUGAAUUUAAGGAAUUUUUCCCGCCCUCAGAACCGAGAUAUUUAACGGAUAUUCCACAAAUAAUGAAGUGCAAUUCAUCCUCUUCAGAUGCUUACAAGAAUGCAAAAUCGAUUUUUGAAACCUACAUUAAAUUGAGUUUUUCCCCUCUUUACGUGGUUAUGAGUAGGGCAAGAGUGUAUCAUGUUGUUAUUGGUAAACUUGGCAAUUUCGAACGUAAAAAACAUUGUGAGGUAAUGAGAUGUUUGCAUAAAAUAUAUGGAGAUCCGCCUCUUUCUAUUUCUGAGAUAGAUAGGUAUCGAUGUUUUCCCAAUAAUGUUUCUGUAACUCCGCUAGUUAAUGAAGAGGGAGAAUACGCUUUAUAUAAAAAGAAGAAUUUUGUUUACAAAACGGUGCCUGAUUGUCAGGAGCAUGCUUCUUUACCAAGAUAUUAGAAUAAUUUUGAUUGAAAGUAAGGCCCGGAUUGUAUUUAAUGGACUAAUUUAUU